AUGCGAUCCCUGCGAAGAUUUACAAAUACGGCGGUCACCAACUUCCAUCCCAUCUAUGCGCGCUAUUGCAGGAGAUGUGGCAACAAGGGCAAGUCCCUCAGGACGUCAAGGACCCCACAUUUGUUCUCAUCUACAAGCGACGACUGCACCUUCAACACCACAAGCAAAAUGGACAUGCAAAGCAGUAAGGGACCCUUCGCCGCAGGUUGCGUAAACUUCGGCGUCAUCAUCAUAACGGAUAGAACGGCGGUCAUGUAUCAACCACCGCCGGGUACUGACUACAAUGCUCCACGUAUCAGCGUCAAUGGCGCCGAGCUCAAAAAUGUGGAUAAUUUCGCUUAUGUCGGCAGCACGCUAUCCCGCAAUACCAGAAUCGAUGACGCGGUUGCUCAACAGCUCUCCAGUCUUCGACCUGGCUUCAGGCCUCUGUGUGGAACCGUUACGGUCUUCAACUGUCCAUGA